UAAAAAGGCUGCAGAGAACCCUUAGACUCCACUUUCUAAAGCCUUCCAUCGAGACUCCUAAACUGAUCCUGCCUGCUUCAGUCAUUCACGAUUACAUCCUUUUCCAGCCACAGUUAUGUUAGCUCCAGCAGCAAUGGGCUCCCAGCGUGUUUCCAUCUCCAGCAUGCCCAGGCUGAGCUCUGUGUGGAUCCCAAGCAUCUAUGGCGGUGCCGGAGGCAGUGGAACCUGCAUCUCCAGGUCCUUAUCCUCUAUGUCCAUGGUCAGCACUGGCCUGGGCUCGGGGUUCGGCUCCAGCUCCGGGGGGAGCUUCCAGACGGCAGUCUUGGAUGGAGGCGUCCAUCUUGAUAGCAAGCAGACCAUGACAAUCCUCAACGACCGCCUGGCCGUCUACCUGGAGAAGGUGCACAGCCUGGAGCAGGUCAACAGAGACCUGGAAGUGAAGAUCCGGCUGUUCCUGGGGAAGCAGUCCCCAAUCCACCGGGACGUGAGCAGCUACGAAGCCACCAUCGCCGAUCUGCAAGCCAAGAUCCAGGCUGCUACUGUGGUGAACGCCAGUAUCUACCUCAGCACUGACAACGCCAAACUGGCUGCUGACGAUUUCAGAAUCAAGUAUGAGGCUGAGGUGGCAAUGAGGCAGUCUGUCGAGGCUGACACCGCUGGACUGAAGAGGGUCCUGGACAAGUUGACUUUGACCAGAUCCUCCCUGGAGAUGGAGGUUGAGGGUCUGAAGGAGGAGCUGAUCUACCUCAAGAAGAACCACGAGGAAGAGCUCAUCGGUCUACGUUCCCAUUUGAGUGGGCAAGUGAACGUUGAGGUGGACGCUGCCCCCCAUCAGGACCUGGCAAAGAUCAUAGCUGAAAUCAGAGAGCAGUACGAAGCCAUGGUCACCAAGAACCAGAAAGAUGUAGAGGCCUGGUACCAGACUAAGACCGAGACCCUGACCCAGGAGAUAACCACCAAUACAGCAAUUCUUCAGACCAGCAAGACUCAACUGUCAGAGCUGAGACGCUCAGUCCAAGGCUUGGAGAUUAAGCACCAGUCUCUGCUGAGCAUAAUACCGUGUCUGGAAGUGUCCCUGGCAGACACCAAGGCUCGCUACAGUGCUCAGCUGCUCAGUUUGCAGUCCAUGGUCAGCAGCCUGGAGGAGCAGCUAACGCAGAUGAGGUCAAACACGAAGCGCCAGUCCCAGGAAUACAAGAUGCUGCUGGACAUCAAGACCCGUCUGGAGAUUGAGAUUGCAGAGUAUAAGCGCCUGCUAGAUGGAGAGGAGGGCUGUAACACCAGCAGCACCCAGGCCUGCUUUGGGUCAACGACCACGAGGAAAGUGGUCACCACCACAGAGAAGACGGUCAAUGGGAAGGUUGUGAGCUCCUCAUCCCAGGAGUUGCAGGUGAAACUCUGAGAGACGCCCGAGAAAUAAAGACAAGAGCCAAUGAUACUCAAGAGACCUCCUUUAAAAAAAGAUUCAAAGAUCAAUAAAAUAAGUUUGGGCGUUGCAAAACUAUUUAGUGUGCGAUUUAUUUUUUUAUUUUUUUUAUUAACAUUAUCAAAAUCAUAUUUUAUCUCUCUGAAAAAAAAGAGAUCCAGUAACGUGGUGCUGAGGUCUGGCAAGUCAAAUUGCAUAAUUUAGAAUUGUAUACUGUCUGUCCUCGUAAAGCGCUGGACAGAUAGGCGCGGCGCGGCAUGGUCCCGGUUGUAUCGCUUUCAUUGCUUAAAUAUAGUGUUGGCCAGAUCAGCGCGGGACGAUACCGCUAGUCUCGCGGUGACAAUCAACGCUCCCGCUCAAAUCGAAUCCAGAGCUGUUUUUUUUCUGGCUGCAGCACGCUACUGUCCGUUGAUUAAUCAAUCAAUCACAUCCAAGUACUGACAACACGUGCUUGCCAGGAAAAAUCAUGAACCCAUGCCCCCAGAAGUGUUUGAUCCCACGCAUAUUUCAUACAAGGACAGGCAGGUCAGUAUUUUAUACAUCCUCCCUGAUAAGCAUCCUUCAGUGCAGCCAAUUUGUACUGUUAUCACAUUUUUAUUUUUUUAAUGGUUUUAUAUCUGUAGUUCACUACUAUUUUUAUUACAUAACUGGCUAUAAAAUGAUAUAGUUUAUAACACUUUAGUAGUAGUCUACUUGCUGUCACCAAAUGCAUUGUAUGUUAUCUCUCAUUUCAUACACCUGCAUAUAGAGGACAGGAAAAAAACUAAACAAACCAGUGUUUUUAUGUUGUAGAUAAUAAUAUGGGGCUUUACAGCUAUGGCCAAAAGUUUUGCAUCACACCGUGUAGAAUUAAGAAUGUUAAGUUAACAUGUUGAAUUUCAUAUGGCUUUGUAGCUCUCCCAAAAUUGAAAAAUGUGACAUUUUGAAAUCUAACAUGAAAUACUGUACUACUGUUGGUAGACUUUUGCGAUACCAUUUUGUAGUGUCUUUAAUUUCAUGAUGUUAAAUAAAAUAUAUAAAUUAUAUAUAUAUUUUUAAAAAAAAAUUAUGUCUGCAUCCUAGGUGAUGCAAAAUGUUUGACCAUAUAUGUCAAUUAUAUUUCAUAGCCUACGAUGUGGUACUGACAACUACUGUACCAUUCAAUUUGUCUACAAUAUUGUAAAGUCAGUCGUGUAGUGCAUACCGCGCAUGUAUACCGGGGGGCGGACUAGCGGUGUCGUACCGUGAAAAUGCCCGGCGGUGCCGCGCCACGCCUGUCUUAAGCCCGGGACAGACAGCAGCGGAAUGUAACUUAAUUCCUAAACAGCAAAGCCUUGCAAAUAAGCGAAAGGUAUGAAGAAUGGCUCUGGGCGUUUCCCCUCCCAGCUACAGAA